CGCUUGUACCUAAAUCCAUAGGGUGUGCUUAGGAAAAGUGACUGUGUAAAAAGAGCAUCAUCAGACAGCAGAAUUAUAGAGCCCUGCACGUCUGCGGAUAACUGCUUUAUAUAAUUUGUAUCCAUGCAGGACUCUACAGUUUUCUGUCUAGACUGGGGAUAGUCAGAGCAACACUUUUGUCACUGAAGACCAAUGAUAAGUUUUAAUUGCUUUCUAUUCUUUGUAGCGCCAACACAACAAAGAUCGAGUGAGCUGUAAAUUCUGUUCCAUCUUAUGCAUCAACAGAAUUCUUUAUUCUUACUAUUUACAGCUACAUAAAGCCAGUGUACAUGAGAGAACAUUCAGGGCCUCUUUGUCCAAUCACAUCUACGAGUUGCUCCUAACAGACUUGUAAACUAAAGCUUUAAGUCAGCAUUUUCAAAGUUAGAUGCCUAAAGUUGGGCCCCUAAAUCUAUGUUUAAGGCACCCAAUUAAAAAUGGCUUGAUUUUUGCAGGUGCUGAACACUUGCAUUUCAAUCAAUGGGAGUUGGGGGUACUCAAAACCUCUGAAAGUUAGGCUGCUUUUUUUAGAUCCCUAAAUAUAACUUUCCAAGCUAAAAUUAGGAAAUCAGCUUUGAAAACUUUGGCGUUAGCCUUUAAUGGAUCAUUGCCAUCACACCUAAAAUAAGAUACAGUAAAACAACUGGUGAAACUCUAGAGAAAAGCAAUAUUUUGUAGAGUAGAUAAUGUUAAUGCUAGUGGUCAGUAGAAUUUAUUUACUCCUAUUAAUAAUAUUUUUCUUUUGUAUGUUUAAUAACUCUCGUAUCAGUUAAAUCUGUUUCUGUUCUGUUCAUCUUUCUUAUCUAAAUGUCAAUUUUGUAGUUUACUUUAAAAAGUAUUGAUACAAAAAUACUAAAUAAUUCUUGGGAAAAUUAAAAACAUUUUAUUUGUGUAUCCGUGGAAUAAAUAGUACUCUCAUUUAAAGAUAUGAACUGUGUUUCCUCAAGGGAUCAGAUUAUUAUGAUAUACACAAUUCCAAGUUUCAUUGUGUGCUAGUGUUCCACUGUUGCCAACCAACCAAGAGACUCUGCUCAUUUGACAGCUUCAUUCUUUCUCUGGCUGGAUCACUCACUGCCUUUCAGGGAAGAAUUCACCAUUUGAACUCCUGUCUUGGCUUUUAUGGUUUCUGUUCAGUAAUUUUUUGGCUGAUGAUCUCUAGCUUUACUGUGGUUUGUUGGACAGGAUUUCAGAAAGUCUAAGAAAUAGAUAAGAGCAGAGGCUUUUUAAUUUACUGUAAUCUAAAACAAUAAAAGAAAAUGACCCUGGUUUCCCAGGGAGCUGAAAGACAGGUAAAUGCCUUUAAAAGAUCCAGUCAGUCAGCUGAGCCACUUCACAAGAUGGAUCACAAUGAGUAUCGAAGUCUAUUAAAGAAAAUGUAUAUGCCUUUUGUGAGAGGUCCUGAUGACAAACAUGAUUUUGCCAGCUUCCAAGAGAAAGACAGUAAUUUUCUUAAAUUCAAUCCUUACAGCCCUCCUGUGGGGCCAGAUUACCCUUUAUUCCCACACCGGGACAAUGUGCCUUUAGCUGAUCCCUGCUCAGGAUUCAUGAGCCCAGGAGCUGAUGCUGAUUUGCAGCCCUGCUGUGGCAGAACCAUUGACUCACUGGUGGAUUACAGUGAUGUGAAACCUCACCAGCGGGUCCCCCUCCCAAAAAAGACUGCACAGACUGCACACACAAGGCAUGUGGUCCUGUUGGAGGAGGUGAGCCAGGACAGACGGUGGAACUCCAGGGCAGUGUCAGAUGCUUCUAUCAGGGCAAGACUUGGAGGUUGGACAAGUCCAAUGAAAGUUACUCCUGCUUCAUCUAAACAAAGAGAUUCUUUUCAAAUUCAUAGCUUUGCAUUUCAUGUGGACCCAAAACUUAAGAAAUCAAGUGAUCCUCCUUCUGCAAGUUGGCGAGAAGAAAAAGCAAGGGACUAUUUCUACAUCUCAAGUACCCAAAACCAGAACGGAAUUCCAUGGACCACGCUGACGGGAUACACCGAAGGAGCUUAUGAAGAAGUUCCUUGGGAUAAGAUAUUACCACCCAAAAUCCCACAGCCAGAAUCAACAGUAGAAAUGAUGGCUGAUCCCAUCUCCCAGUGUUUUACAAUAAAGAGAUACAAUCCUGCACCAGAAAUAAGCCAAGUUGUUGGGGGCCUCUGGGACAGAUUUCAAACAAGAUCUUUUACUUCACCACAAAAACCAAUUGAUUUUGUAAGCCCAAGCUCUCGAACUCAACAUAUUCCUCUCUACACUGGCUGUAUUGGUGCAGAGAAUUUUGAAGACCUAGACAACGCCAGUGUAGAUGUGAUUACUCUUGGCAGUGUUCGAACUUCAAAACCUCGCUACACAAGAACUGCUCACACUCCAAAUAUCCCUGGAUACACUGGCAAGGUUCAUUGGACAGCAACCCACCCGGCAAAUUCUAAUCUUCCAUCAACAUCCCCAUCGAUAAUUGCACAAAUGCAUGGAUACAUAGCAAAGUGUGGCCACUCGUCUCGAUUUAAUCACCAGGGCCCUUUGUCUCAAAUACUUACUCCGGUUUAUCCUCAAAAUUCUUUCAACAAGGUGGAAAGAGAAACUAUUAAGGUUUAACAAGAACCAGUCCUGCUACCAGUAUGGUGGGAAGGAAGUAAAUGUGUGAAGUACGUACACCUUAAAAAUGGGACCAUAGUAAAAUAAUGCAGAAGUGGGUGUCUGUGUGGACGUGGUAGUUUUUAUUACAUGUUCUUACUAUACUCAGUAUUUAUGACUUGCUAUUGUUUAUGGUUAAAAUCAUUUGAGAAGCAGAAGGACUCUUCACAGUUUGAACUAUAAUUACUAUAUUGAAUUGCAGUGUUAAGAUAGAAAGUGAUGUGUAGAAAGACUACCCAUAAAUACUGUAUUCCAUAUGCAGUGUAGUCUGUGUAUAUAACAUUUUUUCAAUUUAUUAAAAAAUAGUCAUCCUUUGUGCAUCUCAUCAGUAACUCUCAAAGUGCUUUAUAAAGAUGGGUGUCAUAGGGUGAGAUUCUAGCUAUGCCUCUUGGAGAUGCAGCACAAAACAACUUUGGGGGAAGGGAGAAGAAAAGGUGCCUUUAUGACAUCUUUACACCCUUGGAAUUCCAGAAUGAUCCAGGAGCCAAAAUGGCUGCCUUCAUAAUUCAGGCAGCCUGGGGAGCUGUGCUAGGUUAUAACAGCCUAUCCUGGACUCCCUGUGGGUGGCAGCAUUGCCAAGAAUGUACACCGUGCUAUACGAUCACUCACUCCAGUCCCUGGUCAUCCCCCUGGCACCAGGGCCUGUGAUGGGCAUGUGUAUUCAGCAUAUCUCCACUGAGGGAAUUCUUGCACAGCCAACUAAGGGGGUUUCUAUGGCUCUUAUAUGCUGCAGAGUGAUGUACACAGUCCAGGCCUGGUAAAGGGUCAGAGAGAAACCCACCCUGAGAAACUGAAGAUAUAGAAGUUAAACCCAAUGUCACAGAGCAAGGAGGUGUCACAGCUAAGAAAAGAACCCAGAUCUCCUGACUCCCUUUCCUGCAUCUUCACUCCUGGAUCAUGCUAGCUUCCUUUAUUGGGACCACAAUGGCAUGUAGUCUGGUGGGUGUUCUCACCUUCCUCACAGCCUCUCGUUAACAUAGUUGACUUAGAAACAAUGGGAUUUGAGGUUCAUAUAAUGUUGUUAUGAUUACUGACUUGUCACAACUUGCAGCCGGUGUCCAGUGUGGGUAAAGGAUAAAAGGGCCAGAUCCCAGAAGUAAAUGAGACUCAAGAUUGUGCAGUUGCAUCUUAUGCUCAUAAGGGAGGAGGAGUUUGAAGUCUUUUCAGACUGAGGUUCCCCCCACCCAGCCUUGUGACCUCUGUCACUCCAUCUACCUUAAGCCCAGGGAGGGUAUACCCCAAGUUAUUGUUUGGUUUGUAGUAAAAGCCCUGUAACCCACUGUGGAACCAAUUAAAUGCCUGGUAUGUGAGAACUGGG